CCUUUUGAAUGAAUCAACCUGUUUUGAUAACCGAUUUCCAGUUUAAAAUUCCCGCCUUAGCGCACCUCUAAUUUUUCUUUAAGUUGGACAUACUGCGAAGUAAAUCCGGUGGAAAAAUUCCUCUGUCAAAUCUCCAGAUCCAAAAGGAGGAUAACUCAAAAUGCAGUUGCAUAUUCGUGGUCAGUCAGUACAUGUCCUGGAAUGCCAGGGCACGGAAACGUUUGCCCAGAUUAAGAAUAGGAUCGCAGCACUAGAGGAACUAACUCCGGAGGAUAUUAAGUUAUAUUCGCAAGGAAAUCCUAUUAGCGAAGAUGCUCUUGUAUCACUGUACGAAGCUGCAGACAUUGAAUUGAACGUUGGUCUUCUCGGUGGUAAAGUUCACGGAUCAUUGGCUCGUGCAGGUAAAGUAAAGGGGCAAACACCCAAAGUAGAGAAACAGGAAAAGAAAAAGAAGAAGACAGGAAGAGCUAAAAGACGAAUUCAGUACAACAGAAGGUUCAUCAAUGUUGUUGCCACUUUUGGUCGUAAACGUGGGCCAAAUUCAAAUUCAGCUUAAAUAUAGGUUUACUUUUGUAUUUUAUGUGGCAAAAACUAAUUAAAUCAUAAAAUCUU